UUACCGCGGUUGAAAAUAAUCACGGAGUUUCGGUAAUCCCAAAGCAUUCGCGUCGUUCAUCUUUGCUUUCCCUUCUUUCAUCUUUCUCCUCCCUCUCCUCGCCAUGACUUGCAGCCUCGAGUAGAGGUCAGGUUAAUGGAGUCGCAGAAGGGUAAGCUCACCCGUACGCACUCCUCCAUCCUCCGGUCUCCCACCGUCCGAUCCUCCAUCCACAGCCUCUCCUCCAUCGCCGCCGAUGACGAGGAGGAGAAACCCCAUCGCCCUCACCGCCGCCCGCCCUUCCGCCGCAACCCCCCGACGCAUGCCCUCCUCCUCACGCUUCCCUUCGCCCUCAUCUUCCUCCUCUUCCUCUACCUCCGCAAUGAUUGCCCCCUCUUCGCCAACGUCCUCCUCUUCUCCUCCCUCUUUACCGCCGCUUCCCUUGCCGCCCGCCGCUUUGAUCUCUUCCGUCGUGGAGCCACCGCGGUGCGCCGGGUCUCGUCCGUCGAAUGGUCCAUCGGCGGCGUGGAGAGGAAGGAGAAGCGGGCCGGAAGGCGGAUCGUCCGCGAGGGGGUCGAGUUCUACAGCAAUGGGGAUUUCUACGAGGGCGAAUUCCACAAGGGACAAUGCAACGGAAGCGGUGUCUACAACUUCUUCGGCAAGGGGCGAUACGAGGGCGACUGGGUCGACGGGAAGUACGACGGAUACGGGAUCGAGAGCUGGGCGAGAGGGAGCCGCUACCGAGGGCAGUACCGGCAGGGGUUGCGGAACGGGUACGGUGUGUAUAAAUUCUACAGCGGUGAUAGCUACGCGGGUGAGUGGGUCAGCGGGCAGAGCCACGGAGUCGGGGCGCAGACGUGCUCCGACGGGAGUUGCUACUUUGGGGAGUUCAAAUGCGGGGUCAAGCAUGGCCUGGGUUACUAUCAUUUCAGGAAUGGUGACAAGUAUGCUGGGGAGUACUUCGCUGACAAGAUCCAUGGCUUUGGUGUUUAUCAUUUUGCCAACGGCCAUUGCUAUGGAGGAUCAUGGCACGAAGGCAAGAAGCAAGGUCUCGGAAUGUACACUUUUCGAAGUGGAGACACGAGGUGUGGAGACUGGGACGCUGGAGUUCUAAAGACUCCCCUUGCUCCAUCAGAUCCUACCGUUGAGUUUGUUGUUCAGGCUGCUCGGAAGGCUGCAGAAAACUCAACGCUGGUUCCGAGGGUAGAUUCACAAGUAAACAAAGCAGUUGCAGCGGCAAAUAGAGCAGCCACUGCUGCUCGUGUUACUGCAAUAAAAGCCGUACAGAAUCGGAUCGAUGGCAGGUUUUGCGACACCCAUGUUUAAGUUUGUUUUAAGUGUACAUUUUGCUAACAAAAUCUCAAGAGUUUUCGGCCAGGUAGGGAAUUACUCAACUAGUUACUCGAGUCAGAAGCUAGGAGAGUAGUUGGCGAUAGUUACUCAAUUGCUGCACACAAAUUGUGGUAAUCCUAAUUUGUUAAAAUAUAUAUACACAUCUGAUUUGAGUAUGAAUUUUCAUAGCAACUUCUUCAA